UGCCUCCACAGACCAACAAGCACACAACCCAUCGACAUGGCUGACCAACUCACAGAGGAGCAGAUUGCAGAGUUCAAGGAGGCUUUCUCCUUAUUCGACAAGGAUGGUGACGGCACCAUUAACACCACAGAGCUCGGCUCCGUCAUGAGGUCGCUGGGCCAGAACCCCACAGAGGCCGAACUGCAGGACAUGAUCAAUGAGGUGGACGCUGAGGGUAAUGGAACCAUCGACUUUCAGGAGUUCCUGACCAUGAUGGCCAGAAAAAUGAAGGACACAGACAUCGAGGAGGAGAUACGUGAGGCUUUCCGGGUAUUUGACAAGGAUGGAAAUGGUUACAUCUGCGCCUCAGAUCUCCGUCAGGUCAUGACGAACCUGGGAGAGAAGCUUACAGAUGAGGAGGUGGACGAGAUGAUCAGAGAAGCAGACGCUGAUGGAGACGGACAGGUCAACUUCGCAGAGUUUGUACAGAUGAUGAACGCAAUAUCAACAAGCACACAACCCAUCGACAUGGCUGACCAACUCACAGAGGAGCAGAUUGCAGAGUUCAAGGAGGCUUUCUCCUUAUUCGACAAGGAUGGUGACGGCACCAUUACCACCAAAGAGCUCGGCACGGUCAUGAGGUCGCUGGGCCAGAAUCCCACAGAGGCCGAACUGCUGGACAUGAUCAAUGACGUGGACGCUGAGGGUAAUGGAACCAUCGACUUCCAGGAGUUCCUGACCAUGAUGGCCAGAAAAAUGAAGGACACAGACAUCGAGGAGGAGAUGCGUGAGGCUUUCCGGUUAUUUGACAAGGACGGAAAUGGUUACAUCAGCGCUGCAGAUCUCCGUCAGGUCAUGACGAACCUGGGAGAGAAGCUAACAGAUGAGGAGGUGGACGAGAUGAUCGGAGAAGCAGACAUUGAUGAAGACGGACAGGUCAACAUCGCAGAGUUUGUACAGAUGAUGACCGCACAACAAGGCAAGCAACAGGGUGCUAUUUCAAACAAAGAAACAAAGAUAACAAAAAGAGGACUUUCAACUAAUAAACAAUUCUUGUCAGCAAACACCAAUAUUAUCUCUUGA